AUGAUCUUUCCAUAUAUUUUUUCAGCUUCAGAAGAACAAAUCGUUCUAGACGACGCGCACGUCCCUGGCGAGGACGCGAAAGAUGCAUUCGAUGAAAAAGUAGCCGAAUCGAUCAAAGAGUCGAUCAAGAAGUCACGGCGCUCUUGGAAAAUUCACCAUGAGUCUUCAAUGUGGGCCAGAGCAGCGGGUCUGAGCGACGAUGAACUCACGAGCUUCUCUCGAGAUGAUCUCGUACAAAUCCGAAACGGACAGGCGAGCUACGGACACGUUAUCUUUGGGAAGUUGAGGCUUCCUGCUGUUAAUGAUAAGCUCGGCGAGGGAUAUGUUCACGUCAGGAUCCACCACGAGGGAGUUUCCGGAUGGAAACUACACGCUAUCCAUCACCUCACAGCAUCCUUUGACGAGGAUGGCCAUCCUCAUUCUUGGCGUGCCAUCCAUCCUGAUAGCUAUCCCUUGGAGUUCUUUGAGUACCACUCCGAGCUUCACGAGGCCCCACAACGUUCCUCUCAUCGGUGA